UUCCGGCCUGCUGAUUCCAGGCGCCCAGUGACAGGAGGACCGAGGCCUGCUGCUGCUCACAACCGCUGGGGCCUUUUCAUUGUAAACGAUCCCGCUUCCCCCUUCGCCCGUUUCUGCCGGUCUAGGCGGUGGCGGUGGUUCGUGUCAAGACGUGAAGAUGCCGGCGGUGUCCAAAGGCGAUGGGAUGAGGGGGUUGGCGGUGUUUAUCUCGGACAUUAGGAACUGUAAAAGCAAAGAAGCAGAAAUUAAACGAAUAAAUAAGGAGCUGGCAAACAUCCGAUCAAAGUUCAAAGGUGACAAGGCCCUGGAUGGUUACAGUAAGAAGAAGUAUGUUUGCAAACUACUCUUCAUCUUCCUGCUUGGUCAUGACAUUGACUUUGGCCAUAUGGAGGCCGUGAACCUGCUUAGUUCCAAUAAAUACACAGAGAAACAGAUUGGUUACCUUUUCAUCUCUGUGCUGGUGAACUCCAACAGUGAGCUUAUUCGUCUGAUUAACAAUGCCAUUAAGAAUGACUUGGCCAGUCGCAAUCCCAUCUUCAUGUGUCUUGCUCUGCACUGCAUUGCAAAUGUUGGCAGUAGGGAAAUGGCAGAGGCAUUUGCUUCAGAGAUUCCCAAAAUCCUGGUAGCUGGUGAUACUAUGGACAGUGUGAAACAGAGUGCUGCCUUGUGUCUGCUGCGUCUGUACAAGACUUCUCCAGACCUGGUGCCUAUGGGUGAGUGGACAUCCCGAGUGGUUCAUCUGCUAAACGACCAGCAUCUGGGGGUUGUGACUGCAGCUACCAGUCUCAUCACUUGCCUGAGCAAGAAAAACCCUGAUGAAUUCAAGACUUGUGUUUCGUUGGCUGUUUCCAGACUUAGUCGGAUUGUGUCAUCUGCCUCCACUGACCUUCAGGAUUACACGUAUUACUUUGUUCCAGCACCCUGGCUCUCUGUCAAGUUGCUACGACUCCUGCAGUGCUAUCCUCCACCAGAGGACACUGCUGUUAAGGGUCGCCUGAUUGAAUGUAUGGAGACUAUCCUCAAUAAGGCACAGGAACCACCCAAAUCCAAGAAGGUACAACACUCCAACGCUAAAAAUGCAAUUCUUUUUGAAGCAAUCAGCCUUAUUAUACAUUACGACAGUGAGCCAAACCUGUUGGUGCGGGCAUGUAACCAGCUUGGCCAGUUCCUGCAACACCGUGAGACUAACUUGCGAUACCUAGCUCUGGAAAGCAUGUGUCUGCUGGCGGGCUCUGAAUUCUCUCACGAGGCUGUCAAGACCCACAUUGAAACAGUCAUCAAUGCACUAAAGACGGAGAGGGAUGUGAGUGUUCGCCAACGAGCUGCAGACCUCCUAUAUGCCAUGUGCGACCGAACUAAUGCUCCACAAAUAGUGGCAGAAAUGUUGAGCUAUUUGGAAACGGCUGAUUAUUCUAUUCGUGAAGAGAUUGUCUUGAAGGUGGCCAUUCUAGCAGAGAAGUAUGCAGUGGAUUACACGUGGUAUGUGGAUACGAUUCUGAACCUCAUCCGCAUUGCAGGGGACUAUGUCAGCGAGGAAGUAUGGUACCGAGUCAUUCAGAUCGUUAUUAACCGUGAUGAUGUCCAAGGUUAUGCAGCAAAGACUGUGUUUGAGGCACUCCAGGCCCCAGCCUGUCAUGAGAACAUGGUGAAAGUGGGUGGAUACAUCUUGGGAGAAUUUGGGAAUCUCAUUGCAGGUGAUCCACGAUCCAGUCCCUUGGUUCAGUUCAACUUGCUGCAUUCCAAGUUCCACUUGUGCAGCGUUCCAACCCGUGCUCUGCUGCUCUCCUCUUACAUCAAGUUUGUCAACCUGUUCCCUGAGACCAAGACUACCAUCCAGGAUGUGCUGCGCAGCGACAGCCAACUCCGAAACUCUGAUGUGGAACUCCAGCAGAGGGCCGUGGAGUACCUCAAGCUCAGUUCAAUUGCCAGCACUGAUGUUCUGGCCACUGUCUUGGAAGAGAUGCCCCCAUUUCCUGAAAGGGAGUCCUCCAUCCUCGCAAAGCUGAAGAAAAAGAAGGGACCAGGCACCGUGACGGACAUGGAGGAAGGGAAGAAGGAACAAACUGAGGUUAAUGGUGGUGUUGAGCCUGCUGUCAAUGCCAGUACUGUGUCCACGCCCUCCCCUUCUGCUGACCUCCUGGGUCUGAAGAGUGCUCCUGCCAGUGGAGGUAGCCUGUUGGUGGAUGUGUUUUCUGAUGCAGUGCCCGCAACGGGUGCCUUGGCGCCUGGAUCUGAAGACAACUUCUCCCGGUUUGUUUGCAAAAACAACGGAGUCCUGUUUGAAAACCAGCUUUUACAGAUUGGAAUAAAGUCAGAAUACAGACAGAAUCUGGGUCGAAUGUACCUGUUCUUUGGAAACAAGACUUCUGUCCAAUUCCUGAACUUCACACUGAAUGUUAGCUGCCCUGGAGAGCUGCAAAAUGAGCUGAAUAUUCAGGCCAAGCCAGUGGAGCCGAUUGUAGAAGGUGGAGCACAGGUUCAGCAAGUGAUUAACAUCGAAUGUUUGUCAGAUUUCACUGAGGCCCCCCUGCUAAACAUUCAGUUCAGAUAUGGUGGAACCGUGCAAAAUAUCACCCUGAAGCUGCCCAUAACCGUCAACAAAUUUUUCCAACCAACGGAGAUGGCAUCUGAAGACUUCUUCCAGCGCUGGAAGCAGCUUAGCAGUCCCCAGCAGGAAGCACAGAAGAUCUUUAAAGCUAAUCACCCAAUGGACACUGAGAUCACCAAGGCUAAGUUAAUAGGAUUCGGCUCCGCUCUGCUCCAGGAUGUCGACCCCAAUCGUGACAACUUUGUCGGCGCAGGAGUCAUUCACACAAAAUCCAUCCAGGUCGGCUGUUUGUUGAGGCUGGAACCCAACAGUCAGGCACAGAUGUAUCGCCUCACACUACGCACAAGCAAGGAGGCUGUGUCGAAGCGACUAUGCGCAUUACUGUCUCAACAGUUCUGAAGCCUCAACAUGUAAUCGAUCUCUUACACUAUACUGUGUGUUUGUUUUGAGUCUGAGUGUGUGUGUGUGUGUGUCUGUGCGCAUGAGUGUGUGAUGGUCCAUUUACCUAUGCGCCACGUCCAGUGAAAACUUCAAGAAGCAUCAUGUGACGUCCUUUCCAGUACAGUAUAUGUUUACGUGAUUGUAGGGGUUUUUUUUUGCUAUUGAGGAACUUGGAAGAUUCCUUGGUAUGCAAGGCAUCAUGUGUGGCAGAGGGAAAUGGAAAGGGUGAGCAGGGCUGACACCAGGUUGUGGGGAUGCUGACACUACAUAGCUGCUAUCUGUGGUACUUCUCAGUCAUGUUGACGAGAGCCCCUCCAUGAUUGCAAUGCGCCCCUAUCCUGGGAUUGUUGGCUGUAGCCCUAACUGUCUGCUUCUCGUUUCUUAAGAUAUCGGCGAUUAGAAAGGAACCUCGCAAACCCCAGCUUGGUACAGCUGCCCCACAGUGUCAGGCUGACCUGCACCCAGCCCGAGAAAGAUUGACCUGCACGGUGUGCUGAAUUAACUCCGUGGUUUGGCGAUGCCAUUCCCCUUCGGCUGUUCUGGGUUGGCGAGUAACCGUUGUCGACAGUUGCUUGUCUCUCUGUGUUCCUCUGCUGGAGUGUUGGGCUGGCGAGUAACCGUUGUCGACAGUUGCUUGUCUCUCUGUGUUCCUGUGCUGGAGUGUUGGGCUAUGCCAGUGUGUGAUGAGGGUGAAGUCAGACUCAGCCAUGAAGCCCCUCUCGCACCCACCCCCUGCCCCUUUCCCACUUGGAAAAGCCCAUGCUAACUCACUGCCUGAGCUUGCACACAGACCACAGCAACAUCAGGCUGUUGGAGGACACCUGUUUUCUGAAGGCACCUGUUUCUCUAGCAACAAGAAAUUGCCUUCUGAGAGAUGGAGUGUGUGUGCGGGGGCAGAAUAUUGCCAGUAGCCAUUCAGUAACUUGCCCUUUCUGUUCCCCAUGCCUCUGCACAUUUCAUUUAGAUGAUGCCCAAAUACCAAAAGACCUGGAAGUUCCACCUCAUUGUUAAUCGAUAUAGUCAUUCCUGAUAUUAAAAGAAAGUAUGAAGUAAUUGUAAAAUGUAUCUGUAUAUACCUCCUUAUUUAGGGUUGGAUAGAAAUACCUGUCCAACCAAUUUACUCUCUGGUCACUAAUGUUAAGUUAGCUGUUUAAAUGUCGCCACUGAAAAUUAAGAGGGUGAGCAAACUUUUUUUUAUUUAACCUUUAAAGCUUUACAUUUUGUUACAAGUGCAAAAAGACUGGAAUGGUUCCCUUCUCAUCCUCUUUGUCUUCCCUCGUUUCUUUAGAAAACAAAGUCUGCUCUCUUGUCACCUUUGAGUCUCACUCGAGUCGAAUUCUCAUUCCCUCCUCCCCUGCUGUUAGUAGUCAGCACGAGCUGCAUGAUGCGUGCGAUUGAGUAGGAAUGCUUGCUUUAGUGUAAAUGCAAUGAAACAUGACAAUGGGGUGAAUUGUUCCUUACUCUGAAUCUGCUUUCAUGCCAGCACUACUUUCUUUGGUUCCGAGUCUGGGAAGUCUGUGUCCAUGAGCCAGCUCCUCAGCGUCUACACUUCUCAAGCCAGCUUCCCCAUCCUGUGCAGACCCAGCUCUUCAUGGAUUUUACAAGGAACCGGAUUUGGCAUCAUAAACCGAGAGGAAAAGCAGCCUAAACUGCUUCUGUCUCCUGCAUUCAAACGUUCAAAAAUUCUCUUUUUGUUUUCCCCCCCCCCAACUCCCUGCUCUCUCCAACACUCUGCUUCACUCAGAACGUCCUUCAAUUUUGAAUGUGUCAUCUGUCUAUUUGGGAUCAGCUUGCUUGUUAAUCCCCACCUGUUUCUUUUACCCACUACCCCUAUGACUACUGCUGUGGGAGUUGUCUUAUAAAUGGUGUGCUUACCCCAGGUUUAGUGUAACCCUUCCUUGUUUUUGUUCAGGAGAAUCCCAUCUGCCUAACGCUUGUAUAUAGAACUAACCCAAGUGACUGGAUAACAGGGCAGUGGGGCUUCUUUGCAGAGCUGUAUAAAAUAGAGAGAGCCUAACCAGUUUCAAAGGCUGAUUUUUAACAAGAGCAAAACCGCUGGUAAAUUGAGGGGGAGGGGGCAGCCAAAUUGAAUUUUCAGUGGCAGCAAUGAGUCGGACCAUUUUAACAAAUGGAGUUGCUGUAGCCUCGAUGAAAUGCGCGAGUCAAAAUGUAACCUUGGAAAAGGAAACAAAAAAAAAAUACAUGAGAACAAAAGAAUGUGAAUAAAGUUCCCAGCUUGUCUUACUGUACAGCAUCCACUGCAUUGCAUCUGGCAGAUCCUACGUACCCAGUGUGUUCUGUCCAUGAUUUAAUUUGCACAGUCCAAGGUGAGGAAAGAGUCCCGUCAGCCAUCCUGAGCUGCUCCUCCACCCUACACAACUUGCACAAAUCUCAUUGCAGACUCGAGCAGGAUUGCCAUUUAAGUUACAGUGGCCACCACAAGGAAUCCUGAGGAAAUUCUUUCUUCCCCAUGGGCUGGAGAAAGACCCUAAGAGGUAGGAGCAGAAGUCAGCCAUUUGACCCAUCUGAACUUGCACUACCAUUUAAUAAGAUCAUGGUUAGCCUCAAUGCCUCAACUCCAGUAAUCUGCCUCUUCCCCAUAACCUUAGACAGACUUCUAAUUAAUAAAGUGAAUCAAUGUCAUCAUUGUAACCCAGCCCCGUGGAGUAAGGGAUCGAAUAUUCUCAAAUUUUUUCUUCUCUAUUAUUUGGGUGACCACCUUACUCUGAGACUUUUUCUUUUCUGGUCCUAGACUCUCCUACACGGUGGGGGACAACCUCUCGGCCCCUUUCUGUUUCACUGUUUCUCUCUCCUGGACUCUUGAGUACAGGCCCUGCCUGCUCAACCUCUCCUUAUAAGAAAAUCCCGUUGUGUCUGGGAUCAAACUAGUGAACUUUCUCUGCCUCCAAUGGCAGUAAAUAUUUCCUUGGCUAAGGGGACCAAAACUGUUCACAGUAUUCUGGGUGUAGUCUGACUAGGGCCGUGCAGAGUGAGGGGAAGGAAUGUUCGUGACACUUGGCAGUGAGAUUCAUGACCACACAACCACUAAAAAGAAAUGUAUUUCUAAAGUGUCCCUGACUUGAAGUCAUCUGAUUGGUGGCUUUCUGUAACUUGCUGUGCUGCUGGAUUAGAAAGAGCCUUGGGAAUCUUCUUCUGGAGAGAGGACUAUGGAUGCUUGCUUUUUGAACAUAUUCAGCACUGAAAACCAUAGAUCUGAGGGAAAGUGGAGUUAAUGUAGAGAUCCAGUCUUGAUCAUACCGAAGGGUUCAAGUGACCUUUAUAACCUGCUCCUGUUCCUAACUUUCUUCCAACAUCGAGGUCCCACAGCCCACUUCAAAGCCUAACCGUUAUAAUUGCUCAUCGACUGACUGUACUCAUUGCAGGUAGAUGGAGUGGGAAUUGCUGUUUCCUUCACGUUUUGUUUUGAGCUAUUUCUGAACAUACAAUCAAGGAAUGAACAGAGUGCAGCACCUUCCUAGAGGGUGCAGCACCUUCCUAGAGGGUGCAGCACCUUCCUAGAGGGUGCAGCACCUUCCUAGAGGGUGCAGCACCUUCCUAGAGGGUGCAGCACCUUCCUAGAGGGUGCAGCACCUUCCUAGAGGGUGCAGCACCUUCCUAGAGGGUGCAGCACCUUCCUAGAGGGUGCAGCACCUUCCUAGAGGGUGCAGCACCUUCCUAGAGGGUGCAGCCACUGAGUCUGCUUCUCCCAUUGAAUUAAACACUGAUAAUCCAAGCUCCCACUCCAUCUCACUUGUCUUUCCCUGUGUGGAGACUCCUUGACAUUUUAUCUUCGUAAAUAAUUUGCUCUUCGUUCACAUCCUGCUAAGAAUUGACCAGAAUCAUUCAGUCAUUGUUUCAAAAUGGUCCAUUUUGACCUUUUCUACUUCAACUUCACAAAUCUGCGUAAAUUUGAUAUGCUUCAGCACAGCUGGUAGGAGAGUGUAAUUACAGCAUGAUGUGUUUCCAUGGUGGUUUCCAUUCUAAAAGUAGGGAUCAGAAUUUAACGUAAAAGGUUGUCUGGAAUUGCAUGCAAAUGUAAGACAUAUAUGGUAGAUUUUCAGUUCUUAAUUCCUAGAUAUUAUGCCACCUUCUCUGUCAUGAAACUUGAUAUCGUAAUUUUGAGAAUUAUCCACAUAUAUGAAAAGAAUAGAAACCCUACUGUGUGGAAGUAGGCCAUUUGGCCCAUUCAGUCCACACCGACCCUACAAAGAGCAUCCUACCCAGACUUAACCCUUCAUUCUAUCCCUGUAACCCUGCACUCCCCAUGGCUAACCCAUCUAGCCUGCACAUCCCUGGGCACUAUGGGCAAUCCACCCUAACCUACAUAUCUUUGGGCAGUGGGAGGAAACCUACACAGACACAGGAGAAUAUGUAAUCUCCACGUGGACAGUCACCUGAGGCUGGAAUUGAACCCAGGGCUCUGGUGCUGUGAGGCAGCAGUGCUAACCAUCGAGUCAAUUGAUAUAGAAUUGCUUCCUUGCCAUCUUAAAUCAUUGACGCUCCCAUUAAUUGUCUUUACUGCUCUAUCUCACCAUUUUUGAAUGGGUUUUCCAGAACUAAAGGCUAAGGGGGUCCUUGUAACCAAGUUAUUUUGAAUUCAAGUUUGCUUUGGAACUGGCUGACGGUAUUUUCCUGUGUGAUACUGUGUUCUAGAGCCAAGAAAUGGCAAAAUGCACCGACCUGAUCUAAUGGAGACAUGAAGGCAAUCACGUGGGCUGGGGCAGAGAGGAAUCAUUUGGUGUCCCUUCUGGAUACUGUGCAGCAGCUGCUGCUGACAGGCGUGCAGCUUUGAAUGCAAAUGAUCAAGUUUGGCCAGUGGAGCGGGGAAACCUCCAGAGUGAAAUCGCCUUGUGCCAUUCACUUGGAAUGCAAGCCACUUGGGGGGAGGUGCUGAAUGGCACUCAUGACGCCAUAGCCCAAGAGUCAAGUCCUUGAGUGGAGAAUUUUGCAGAAGCAAACCUUUUGUCUAACAGUAACUAUCCACCUGUUAGGACUGUAGUUUCCUUCUGUCAGAGGUUUCUUGAUGGCCUGUGGAACGUGUUAGACUUGCUACCCAGUCUGCAUCUUUCAAUCUACUGUGUCCACGUUUCCCAAUAGUUCAGACAGCUGGGAACCGAACCUUUUGGGUUACCAUAUACCUCGUUGACUUGAUCCUUUUCCAUUUCUUUGUAAAUCUGGGGUGGAUGGGGAUGGCUGCACUCAACUCUAACAGCAGAGAGAUGCAUAGUGAUUAUUGGAGCUAGCUGUCUCUUCUGGGAACCAGGGAAGCCAUUCUGGUGACAAUAACCACUCUAUUGCCUUGUUUAAAAGCAGCAUGUUUACAGAUCAUGAGUGAGGUUCUUUCUCUUUUUGUUUUCCUAAAUGCAAUAUGUAUUAAAGCGAUUAACUUAGUGAUGUGUAGCACUUUAGUCAUAGUUCAAUCAAGGCAAAAGUGUAUGAUAUUGUGUGAUCUAUAAUGCAGUAUAUUUGUCUGUGUGCCUCCAGCCUUUGCUCUGUGUAACCAGCCCUACUGGUAAAUCUGCAUUUGAUGCCUCGAUAGAUCGGACAUGGGGUGGGAGGAGGCGAUUUAAAUUUGAUUCGGAAGCUGAGGUACUUGCUCAGGAUACAUAAAGGUUGAUCGUUAAAAGGGUGCAGUACAAAAUCCAAUCCACAUUCCUUGUAUCCUUUUAACAUGAAACCUUUCUAAAUUUCCUUUUGUAUGAAACAGGAUUGAACUAGACCCCUCCUCCUCUCCACCCCCUCCAGAAAAGUCCCCUCACGACUAGGGUGGGUUCAGUGGGCCACAGAGUUUACAAAGUUCCCUCCGCUGCCCAUCUCCUGGAGAUCUUGGUGAUGUUGUCUUUUGCAUUUUGUUAAAUCUCUGACCUUCCAGAUUCCACUGAUCACCUUGAACUCUGCGCUGUAGGGAACCAGUGAGAUCCUUGACUUCUGUCUUCAGUCUGCAUUGAAUUAGCUGAUGUUCGGCCCAUCCAUAAAUGCUGAUAGAGGCACUGCUAGGCAAGUUCAGCUGCUGGCUGCAGUUCCGUGCCCUUGUGGUGCUGGGAUGAAAGCUGUUCAGCUGUGACCCUCUUUGCAGCCCUUCUGUCCAGUCAGCCUGACACUGUCAGCCAGUCAGAGUUUGCUGACCCUACAAACCAUUCAGGCAGUCCAUGCCUUUAUUUCUCCUUACACACACCAGAGUAACACUAGAGUUGAACCUGUUUGUAUCUGAGCUUCAGCGGAUGGAAGCUCUUGUUGAAUUUUUAAUGUGAAAUAUCCUGUGUGCAUAUGUCCAUGUUGGCCAUCCGUUAUCAAACUGUUGGUAUCUUUUAUUGAAAUGGUUUUCUCAUUCUAAGGAUGAUGUCUAAAUCAUUACUCCAGUUACUACCAUCUAGACAGUUGGGGCUCUUGCAGCUGCCAUAGCAGCCCUCCAGUGACACAUUGAACUAAGGCUCCACAUACUGAGCCCCUGGCACUGAGAGAGCAGAAGUGCGAAGAUUAUUCCAAGUCAACAUUCCCGUCCUAUUCCCGUUGAGCACCAGGAGAUUGAUUCUCUGGACAUUCAUGAUGCUCUUCCUUCGUGGGAUCUUGCUGUAUGUAAAAUGUCAGCUGUACACUCUUGACAUAGCAACAGUGCCUGCACUGCAGAAAUUUGUUAUUUCUUGUGAGGCGAUUUGGUACAUUUCUGAGCAACCUGAAGUUAUGCAGCAGGAUUGAAAAUCCUUUUUACUGAUUGUACUGGAGGUAAUUUGAAAAAAAAAUUGCAAGUAAUUCAAUUUUAUUGAACGAAAAGAUGUGAAUUCAGCUUUGGGUGUAUAUUAUAAAAUCUUACAGCAAAGCAGAUGGCUUUUGAUCCAUUGCACCUCUUUUGGCUCCAAGGAAGUUCAAUUAAUCAUGUUGCUUGCCCCUGUAAUGUUCCAAAAUUGUUAAAGUCUCCUUUGAAAAUAAUUAUUAAAAUAUUUAAUAACUAAAUCAAUUUCCAUCACCCUUUCAGGCAGUGUAUACCACAUCAACACACAGUUUUAAAAAGUAAAUUACUCUGAUUCUUUUUGCCAGUUAACUUAAAGAUGUGUUCUGCUUACUGACUCUUCCCUGCCAAUGCAAACAUGGAAAUAUCCAAUCCUAAUUCCUUAAAGAUGUUUUGUCAGGUCUCCCCUCAUGCUCAAAGUUCAGGGUUUCAGUCCGAUUAUCCUGGACUCCAUCUGUUUUAGUUUCCACUUACACGUGUCCGUUUUGUGUGCACCAACGAUCAAAUCUUCCUUCGUAUUGUCCUUUGUUGUCACAGAAAUCCCCGUGUGGACGUUACAAGGUCGUUGUAAAAUGGACUCACACUAAUGCCUCAUCCCACUCUUGCCCACUUUGCAAUUGAGAUGAUUGCGAUUCAUGUUCACCUUAGUGCAAUGCCCACGUUGAGAUGAUUGCGAUUCAUGUUCACCUUAGUGCAAUGCCCACGUUGAGAUGAUUGCGAUCCAUGUUCACCUUAGUGCAAUGCCCACGUUGGAGAAAUGGAAUGUUUUAGGCACAGCAGAAGUUGGGCUAACCCUGUUGUUUGAGCGAUUAAAGUCAAGUGUGCCUAUAGUGGAGUACUGACUGUCCUUUCCUAUUGUAACCCUCACUGAAGCUAAAGUGCGAGGCUGGGCAACUGCAGCAAUUUUCUGCUGUUUGGGCAGAUAUUUAGUGUUGUGCUGGUUUUCAUAGAUUGCUGGGUUCCUUGAGUUCACAUCUUACAUUCUACACUCCUGCCUCUCACCCCCGGCCUCACUGUCGCCACACGUUGAUCUGUCUCUCUCCCCAUUGGCACUUCAGAGUGGUGGGGAGUGCCAUUGAGGCACUCAGCAAAAUUGGAAUGUUCUCUGGUCACAGCAACCUGGAAUAACAGAUGGCGUGAGUAUCAGUAAGGAUAUGCAAGAAAUGAGGUAGUGUUACAGCGACUAGUCAAAAGGGACUGUCGAGAAGUGGGGCAGGAAAGGGAGCUGCGUUUAAAAGAAGUUUCCCUCAAACAAAAAUCCUUUUUGACAAGAUGACAUUUGCUACUUUAUUUAGGAGGGUAGAAGGGAAGAUGCACUUUGGUUACCAUGGAGAUAAUGAGGAGCUGCUGUACAAGGAGAGUGAACCAUUUCAAUUAGCUUCGUUGUGCCAAGCCCUCACAAUUGCAGUAACGGAGAGCAGGUUUCGCUAGAUGGAUAGGUCCCUACAAACGGCUUUGUCACAUCUCAAGUUGGGGAUCUAGUUAGAAUACCCUUCAUCAGAUCAGUAUCCAGUGUAAUGAUAAAAUAUGUGUACCAUGUGGUCAGGAGUUGCCUUCAUCUUGCUGGAUUUCCUAAACUCUGUAGUUCACACUUGCUCAUGAAGACAGUCCACUUGGGAGAAGACGCUGGAAGUUAACUGGCAUUUGUACCUCAGCAGGAGAUGAAAUGGGAGGGCAGUGGCUAGAGUUAAAAUUGAAAUAAUCUGUGUCUGAUCUAAUGAACAUCUGAGUACCAGUAUGGCUGAAUCCAAAGUAGGAUUAUGAUGUUACUAUGCAAUUACUGUUUCAUUAGAGGAGCAGCUUAGAAUAUUGUGUGUGCUGUGUGUGUCUGUAUACACCCGAGAUGUGAAUCUCCCAUCAGUGUUAAACGACAGAAUAUGUUUAACAAAAGCAAAUGUACAAUGAAGGACACUAUGUAGAUAAACUGACCAUAAUGAUCA